GUAUUAAUUUUCUAUUUUCAGGAACAUAUUAAAGAUGAAUGUUUAGUAGUCCCACUGGAAUGUCCUUUCAGUUGUGGUAGUCAGCCUAUGGCUAGAACAGAGAUGAAAAACCAUAUGGAAAUAUGUCCAAGUAAACCUAAAGAAUGCAGAUUUAAGUCUGUUGGAUGCAUUUUUACAGGAACAGAUGAAGAGGUUCAACAACAUUUAGUGACAGAUUUAAAUAAACAUUUAGAGAAUGUGACUCUCUACACAGCAAAUAUGGAAGUUCAGAGCAUUGGAAUCAGAAGGGAAUUACAAGAGGUAACAGCAGAGAGAGAUCAAUUAAGACAAGAAGUGAAUGUUGUUAGACAGGAGAUGGCAGUAAUGAAAACAAACUUCGAGAAAGUACAAAAUUCAAACAAAGAACUAAAGUUAAAGAUGGUCUCACUGACAGAAAGAGUUAUACAUUUAGAGAAGCAAUCAGAGAAUGCAGCAAAAAAAGAUGUUGUUGAACGCCAUGAUAGGGAUGUAAGAACCAUGCAGACAUCCUUGACCCAAGUUCGAGCCCAGGUGGUACAACUUGAAAGGCUGAGCUUAAAUGAAGGAGGACGUUCAGGAUCAGGAGAAACUACACCAGCUCCAGAAUUAAAGCGUAGAAUAGACAUGCAUGACAGCCAAUUUGCACAGUUAGAUGUUCAGAUGGCAGAGCUUGAUCUGAGAUUUCAGAUCCUCGAGACAGCAAGCUACGAUGGUACGCUAAUGUGGAAGUUGAGGGAUUACGCUCGGAGAAAACAAGACGCAGUUCAAGGGAGAACACUCUCGUUGUACAGUCAGCCAUUUUACACCCACAGAUAUGGUUAUAAGAUGUGUGCAAGGGUGUAUCUUAACGGAGAUGGUAUGGGAAAAGGAAGUCAUAUGAGCCUGUUCUUUGUUGUUAUGAGAGGUGAGUAUGAUAACCUGUUGCCAUGGCCGUUCCAGCAGAAGGUAACGAUGACACUUCUUGACCAGGACACUGGACAGUGCAACCUUUCUGACUCAUUCAGACCAGAUCCAACAAGUAGCAGUUUCAGAAAACCAACAACAGAUAUGAAUAUUGCUUCUGGAUGUCCACUAUUUGUAUCUCAUGCUGUGUUGGAAACAGCAAAGUAUGUGAAAGAAGAUACAAUCAUGAUUAAAUUUCAGGUGGAUUUGGCAAAUCUCAAUCAUCCCUAACCCAGGCAUGCAUGGAAGUAAUGGCUACAAACUUGUAGAUGUAAAAUGUCUUUUUUCAAAUAAUUUUUUUGUGAUAAGAUUUAAUUUUGUACUGGUAAGGUGUAGUCAUUACAUAUGUUUUACACAGGUACAUAUUGGUGUUGCUCUAUAUUGUAAUAUUUUCAAUAAGUUGGUAUAUGUACUCCCAUGUGGGCCAUCAGUAGUGUCUCAGAACAGUCUAUUCUCUUCAUUUGAAAUUGAUAAACUUAUUAUUUACAUUGCAUUACUGUAUAGUUACAUAUUACAGCUGUAUAUGUCUAUCAAAGAAAGAAUGAUAGUUGAUAACAUCAUGUAUGUUAGUCUUGAUAUAGCUUAUUCACCAACUUUGACUUAUAUUCCAAUCCUAGAUGUGAGCAAUACAUUAAGCAUUCGUUAUCAGCUUAAGUUAAAUGUUGAUGCUUCUGUUGCCUUUUCAUAUUUCUUUAUGUUUGCCAAAUUUUGUUUGCAUCAUUUUUUAGAAUAUGGAAGGCCUGUUAAGAUAUACAUUUAUUUACCAGUAAGCAGAAAUAAAAAAGGCUUGUGUCUGCCAUCCAGGGUGGUUAUAGAAAUGUUUUUCUUCAUAAUUAUGUUACCCACAGAGAUAAAAAAUAAUGCCCCUUUUAAAGCAACACCAUGUUCAAGUUAACCGGGCAUAUAAUAAAGGUUAUGUGUAUACUUGUUAUCAAAUUGAGGAGAUUGCCAUUUAUACAUUAAGUAAUAUUGGUAAUACAUGUAUUUAUAAAGGUGUUUGAUAUCAAAAUUGUUUCUUUAAUUUUUAUGUAAAUUUUGCGUUGAAAUUGUAUACUACUACAGAAAUUGAGAGCAGGGCUGUAUAUUUUUCAAUUUCAACUCUUAAGGGUUUGGUAAAUGCUCCCUUCUAUUACACCAAUGAAAAUAUUUCAUGCAAAUUAUGUAGAAAGAGGAAAUUGUCAACAACUUGUGAAGGAUAAUAUUGCUUGACUUGACUGUUCAAAUGGGGGGUGGAGGGGGAGGGGUCCUGUAAAUGUCAUGUCAUUCAGAAAUCAUUAUAACUAAUAAGUUAUUCAAAUGAAAUAAACUAAUGUUAAAAUUAUAUUAAAUUUUACUGCAUUAGGAAAAGCGAUAGGGUUAAAUAUUUAUUUCUAGUGAAAAAGUAUUCAUAAGAUAUUUUUCAUUUUACUGUUCAUUAAUUCUAAAUUCUGACAGAAAGCACGGUUUGGGCUACUUCUUUUGAUAAUGUUAUACAUAUAUCAUCUUAAUUUAUUAUGAUACAAGUCUUAUUUUAAUAUAUAUUUAUACAUCAUAUUCAAAUUGUUUCAGAGUUUGGCAGAUUGUCAGCUUUUUUUAUAGGACACUGUGUAUGGAUAUCAGAAUGUUAAAUGGUUUAUGUAGUAAAUGUUGUUGUAAAUGCUCUAUAUAUGGAGACAAUAUUAUAAUUAAAGAUACAUGUAUAUCAAUUUCAUUGUGUAUAUUUAUAUAUAAAACAUCUGCCAGCAAUCAUGCUGUAAAUGGCAGUAUUGAAUAGCCUUUCUUUAUAAGUAAAUAAUCUGUGAUGUAAAUUUCUAGCUCGUAGUAACAGGUUGGAAGCUAUCCUCUACUGAGAGUAUCAUAGAUAACUGAUAAUGUUUCCACAUGUGACAUUUUAAAGGGCAUAUUAUGCUUAUUUUUCAUGUCAAAUAUCUAAACUAAAAUUUAAAAUUUUAUAAUUAAUGCUUUUUGACAUUUCAAUAUAAAGAGUUCAGCUGACGAGUCUACCAAACGGACGAAACAAAUAUGAAUGUGCUAUCAAUAAUACUAAGGGUCAUAACUAAUUCAAAUCUACAUCUUGCAGUCAAUAAUAACAUUAUUAUAGAUUUUUACAAGGGCUGUAUUAUGAUUUGUUGACAUUUAUAUUUUGCCAUUUCAAUUUCAUACUAGAUUUUUAUGUCAAAAUCAUUUUGCAAUCAGUCUUUGGAAGAAAAUACUAGUAUAUUCUAAAAAGAUGAAAACUUUUGGGGCAACUUGGAUAUUAACAUAUUUUAUGUAGUGAUUUUAGUAUUAUGAAUUUUAAACAGACAGCCCACUUCUCCAUCACUGUGUCUGGCUAUUGUUUGAAUGAUUUGCUUAUAUCUAAGUAUUAACACCUGGUGGAAGGGGUUAUUUUGCAGAAAUACAUAUGUUGUAAUUUGUGUGUAGAAUUUUUAAAGUAAUGCUCUCUUAGAGUGUUUCUAUGUUGUAAUGCUCUUUGGUCAGAUAGUUUGUUGAUUUUAUUGUUUGACCACAGUGUGGUAUUUUCCGGUUUUAACUCUUUUGAGGGUUUUGAACUUCUUAGGAAGAGCAUUUCAAAAGAAAUUGAGUUGACAUUGUAAUUCUAAAGGUCAAGGUCAAAAUAACAUCUUAGCUGACGUUGUGUAGUGCAGAGUAAAGCAUUUUCUUGAAGCUGUCAAACUUUGAUAAUUGACCAAUUUUCAAAAUUGUGACUUUGUAAGUCAACAUCAUGUAUGAAAUAGUUUCAAUGCAAUACUUUGUCAUCUAAGGUUAGCUUACCAUACAUGUCAUUAAGUAAUUAGGUCACUUGUCUAAGUGAUAAGACUUUAAAGUCCUCUUGUAUAGAGGAAAACAAUGCUUAGUACUGCCAAAUAUAAGAAUGUUUGUUUUGUAGAUGCAGGUUAUCAUCUUGUUUUUGUUUGUUUUUAAGUUAAGAUGUAAAGAAUACAACAGCCUUUAUACUCUAUGUUGUCUUUACAAUAAAUAUAAAAGGCUGUGAUAAACAGCUGUAUAUUGGCUCUUGAUUUUUAUAUAUUCUGUCAAACCUGACCAGGAGAAGGAAUGAUAAGUUCACCUGUUACUCCAGGGGACCUUGAAAGAUUGACUAUUUUCCAACAUACUUUGCUAUCACCCUGCACCUCAGAAAAGCGAUAUCAUGCUGUUAAUCAAAAUUAUUUAAAAUAACCUAGAUGAUUGAACUUCAAUCUAAUGAAACAUACAAUUCUGUUAAGUUUCUUAAUGCGCUUAAAGAUAUACUAUGCUCAUAUUUAGGUAAAAUACUUUUAUUGCAAACAUGUAUUGAAAUCUAGGAAACUCGAAAGAAUAUGUCUAAUUGGAAUAAGAGUAUACACAAACUAUGUUUUGAAAACUGCAUUCCCUAUUACUGGUCCUUUGCCUAAAUUGCUUAGUCUAUGAAACUUGGUUAGGAUGUUUGUCCCAGAAGUUACUCGUAUGAGUUUGAAUAUAGGUAUUCUCGGAUGAAAAACUAGGUAACAUGACCUGAAAAUGGAAUAAUCUUGUUAAUAUUCUAGAGGCUACUGUUUUAAUCCAAAUAUCAGGACAAUUUGUCAGAAAGGUUGUUUGGAUGAUUUCUAGUUCAAGUUCCAGUAUGGGUCAUCUGGGGUCAAAAACUAGGGUUAUGCAGCCCAAACAUGGAAAAACCUUACACUCAAGAGUUAACAUAAUCAGCCCAAAUAUCCUGAAAAUAUGUCAAAAAGGUUGUUUGGAUGAUUUCUAGCUCAAGUUCCAAUAUGGGUCAUCUGGGGUCAAAGACUUAGUUAAACAGCCCAAAUAUGAAAAAAACCAACUUGUUAACACUCUAAAGACAACAUUUUCAGUCCAAAUAUAAUGCAAAUUUGUUAGACUGGUUGUUUCUAUGAUUUCUAGAUCAAGUUCAAAUAUGGGUCAUUUUGGGUAACUUUGUUAGAAACAGUCGUACUCGGGUGAGCGAUAUAGGGUCAUCAUUGCCCUCUAGUUCAAUGACAUUAUUUAUUCAUACUGUGUUUACCUAGAGUAUGUAGAGUUUAAAGCAUUACAUACCUUCUGUGUAUGUACUUGAAUGAUGUUGCAUUUAAUAUUUAAAAAGAGGCUUUUGCAAUUAUCAUUAUUUUCUAAUAUCAAAUUUAGGCAUAAUAUAUCUUUAACCAAAAUUUCUUUGUAUUUAAGUUAGAAUGUGAUAUCACAUUUAUAAUUGUUCUGAACAUUUAAGAAUGAUACCAAUUAUUAUUUAAAAAUGUCUAAAAGAGAUUAAGCAAAAGAUUACAUGAACUUAGUUUGAUAUCAAUUACAUUAUAACAUACCUUGAUUUAUUAAAAUAAACAUCAUAAACAAAAUUGAACAUUUAUAUUCAUUCCAUAUACACGUAUUUAAAUAUUCAAUAAGGAAUAUAUCUAGAUGUUACAUUGAUAUCUUCCUUUAUUUGCCAUCAAUAUAUAUUUGAUAACAAUGCCA